AUGGCAUAUUAUCCCCCGACACCAAGACGCCGUAGCAUCACCCAAAUCUCGUCCUUCAUCUUCCUCCACGACAAGGACUCCUCCUCCACGCAACUCGCCGAACAAGUCGCCCGCGCGCUCAAUCCAAAGUCCAUCGCGGACACGCUCGGGCCCAGGACAAAGAUGCUCUUUCUCGACGCACCCAUUCAGACGUCGGUCCACCCUGUAUCUCUCCCAACUCCUCUUCCUCCUCACCAAGAGCAGCAACAAGAAACGCAAGGAGAAGAAGAAGAAGAGCAGCAGCAGCAGCAGUACACAUGGUUCUCGACAACAACAACAACAACACAUUCCGUAGGCGCAGACGAUGACGCCGCAACCUCAUGGAAAGAGCUAUCCAUCAGCUUAACCCAGCUCGACGAGGCAGUGACGCAAGAAUCCGAGCGCUUCGGCAAGGAGAAUGUCUUUCUCGUGGGGGUGGGCAUGGGGUUCGCGGUGGCGGCGGCGUACGUGAUGCAGAUGGAGGAGCGGAUAGGCGGCCUGUUGGGGGUUUCGGGGUGGUUGGCCUUUCACGAGGAGGUGAAGAGCGUUGCGGUCUAUGGGGACGUGAGCAGCUGUGGUUUGUUGUCGGGGGGAGAGCUGGAGGAUGGUGCGAAGGGGAAUGAAGAAGAGGGGGAUGAAGAUGAUGUGCUCGGUUCAGGCUACUCAACGCCCACCCUCUGCGAAGAAGAAUCCCACGACCAAGCACAAUCCUCCUCACUACUGCUCAAGCGCGCAAAGGCCUUCCUCUCAUACAUCCUCCUCCGGGGCAAACCCCCCGCACUCCCACGACUCUGCAACCUCAUCGACGCUUCCACCCCCGUGCUGCUCGUCCACGGAGCGGAGAACCAGCGCGUCCGCUUCACGCACGCAAAAGAGGCGCAGGAGACGCUACGCCAUUUCGGAUUCGAGGUCACGCUGCGUGUGCUCGAGGGGGAGACGCACGAGCUGAGUCGGAGGUUGAUGGGGGAGCUGAUGGAUGGGUUCAUGGGGAGGGGGUUGGGGAAUGAGGAUGUUCGGGGGAGUGUUGGGGAGAUGCUGCUUGGGGGUUGGCUGUAG